UUUGCGCCGGCUCCCGCUGGAGGGGCUCGCGCUAGUGUUUGAAGUGCCAGGGAAGCGAACGGUGGGCGGUUGCGGAGCGACCGCGCGCCCCCCUCAUUGCCCGGCUGACCAGAGACCAGUUGCAGCGGGAAUCGUGCGCCCCCGUUAACACCAAGCUUCACCUACAGGGGCUGGUCGCAGAGUUCUGGAUCAGAUAUCACCAGAGAAGCCAUUGAAACACUUAAGAAACACUCCUGAUGCAGAAACGUAUUUUGUCUUCUAUUUCAUGUGACUUGACUGUGAAAAAAGAUCUGGUGACAUAAUAAAUCUUUUGUCAUCUGUGCUUGGAAAGAUAAUGCAAAUACCAAUAUGAAAGCAACAAAGCAGAUGAAACCCAGCACUACCAGAGAAACAAAUGCAGGAACAUCCAUUUUUAAAAAGAGUUCACCUGUGUUACAAGGCUCAUCUCCUACUAAUUCAAAGACAAAACAUAAAAUAAAGUUCUUGGCAAAUGAAAGUGAGCCGCUAGUGUUCAUACCUCCAUCUCCAGGAGAAUCUAUGGUAAAGUAUUCCAUACCAAUUCCAUCUGAAAAUAAACUUGAUAUGGUAGAUGAACUGCAGAUGCUGAAGGACAUCACUCAUCAUCUAAAUGAGCUUGUGCACACAAUGGAAUAUGUGUAUGCUAAGAAAGUUGAAGAGGAGGAGGAGGAGGAAGAGGAAGAGGAAAAGGAAAGCUCAGUUGAAAGUCUUGAGGAUAUGACUGCAUUCCUGUUAUGUUUUUCAUCAGCUACAACACAACUAGAAACAGCAUUUGAGGAAGAAAAACAACUAUUAGAAUCUUUGCUUAAGUGGUUUGGAAAGGUAGUUCAGCAGAUGGAAGAGCUAGGAGAAGAUGAACUUGUUCCAGAUUGGCAGCUUCCUUUGGCUGAUAAAGACAUAAAAAAUAACAUUGCUAAAUUAGUGCAACGCAUCAAAAAGCUUGAAGAACUGAAAGGCCGUGUUCAAGAUCUGCCCAAGUCCAUCCAGAUUCCUGCAGCCAAGCAGGAAAAGAAAAAACGAGCAAGCCCAGUAUCAUCAAGUCAUAGGGAUCCAAAGGCUAUUUUAGAAGAUCUUGUAAUGAAACAUGGGACUGAGGAUGUAGUCAGCAUGACAAAUGCUUUUGAAAAUGACCUGACACCACAAACAAUUGAAACAAUGAGCACUCGCAUACUAGACAUAAUGAAAGUAUUUGAAAGACAAACAAAUAAGUUACAAAGAAUUUCAAAUGAACAAGAUGUCCUAGAAGGUAAAUACCAGAAGAUUCAAAAUGAGUAUCAGUUGCUAGCAGAAGAAAAACAGAUAAUGGAGAAUGAACUUCAAAAGAUGAGAGAGGAAGAAAAGCUAGGGAAAGAAAAAAUACUGGAAUCCAGAAAGAGAUUUUUAUCAAAAUUGGAGAGAAAACAACCUGUUGAGAAUGCUGAAGUAUCUUCCCUAUCAGGAGUUCAGGCAGCAGGAGCCAUUAAUGGACACAGAGGGUGGGAAGCAAGGAGAGUUUCUGAUAUUCAAUCUAAAAAAGGAAGUGAAAAUGAGAAAAUGAAAGAAGAUUUAAUUAAAGCUCAGGAAAAUCUUCAAGUUCUUGAAAGAGAGAAGAAAAACCUUGAGGAAAAAUUGCAGAAAGCUUUAGAGGAAGCUAUAAAAGCUAACAGGCAAUUCACAAAAUCAGUAACACCUUCCCAUGUUCAAGAUAUGCACUUUAUUUAUCCUGAGGCUGAUGAGAAGAAUGCUGACACUGAUAUGAAAAUAAAUGGUAAAGAUUUAUCAAAGAAUGGCAAACCUCCAACAAAAUCUAAAGAUAAGGGAGAAGAUCGUCCAUUUUCAAGACGCAAGUCUAUUAAUGAAACUGAUAAAUCAGUACAGAAAUUACCAGCAGUCAACACAGGAAAGCAAACAGGUGAACUACUUUCAAGGAAAACUCCAGUAGAAACUGAGAAAAACCAAGAAACUGUGACAUCUCAACUGAAAGAUGUAAAACUAGAGAAAAAAGUGUUAACUGAUAAAGAAAACUCUAAAGAGUAUGGAAUUCCAGCAAGGAGUUUAAAGGAAAAAGUCCUUGUUCACGAGCGAGAACAACUGUAUAAAGCUAAAGAAUCUGCUGGUGUCAUGGAAGAGACUCCAAAACGUCAGUUUCCUCAGCCUGAAUAUGAGAGGGUACAGCAAAGUCAUUCUACUGACAAAGGGUCACUCCCGUUGUUAACUGUUAAAAUGAAAGAAGAAUCAAACGGGAGGAAAAAACAUACAGAAGAAAAGUCAGAAACCUCUUUGAAAUUAGAUCCCAAAGGAUCUACUAAACCUAAGAAAGCUGCAGAAACAAAAAAAGGAAAUGUAAUGAGAAAAAGUACAGGAAAAGAAACACACGUCACUGCUGUUUCAGAUCUCCCAGAGUUGCACAAAGUUCAAGAAGAAUCCCCUUUGGACGUCUACUCAAACAGUCAAGACAAGCCAUUACCAAGGGCUUUAGACCAGCUUAUCUCAGCAAGGCAAGAGAAAAUAUCUCCAAAAAUCUCCCAGAAAAAGGAAGCACAAGUUGAAGCAACUCUUCGAUCCAGUAUCGAAGAAGAUCCUUCUCUCUUCACAUAUGAGAACCUAACAUUGCCAUCAACUUUAAUUCCCAAAAGUCAAGUUUCUUUUAAAGACUUAUUGCCCAGUCACAAAGUAUCUUCUGCUGAUUUUGCCAAAAUUAAAGAAGAAUCUCAAACAACUCCUAUUUCUCCUAUUGAAACGACACCUGCUAUCAUAUCUUCUAAGAUCCUGGAAGAGGGAUCUUCAGUUUUCACUCCAGAGGAUAAGAUGAUAUCUACUACAACUUCUUCUGUCAAAGAAGACGGGGCUUUUCUAGGAGAUAUUCAAGAACCACUUGAAGUUUAUCAGCCUUAUGUACAAGAUUCUCCUAAAGUUUAUGAGACUAUAAUUUCGGAGAAUAUUUUACCCAGUGAAAAAAGUCUUCCCAGUAUUUACAAAGAGACAGUAGAUCUUAAAGAAGAUUUAUCAGCCACAGAAAGACUUCUGUUAACAAAUCAAUUGAAAAAUCGGAAUGAGAUGCAACAAGCACAGACUCUUAUUCUGGUAGAAGCAGGACAAAACAUCGGGAAGACAAUAGAUGACCUGUCAGACAAUAGAAGAAGUUUGCUUGCAAAUGUAGCAUCAAAUACAGAAGCUCUGCAAUGUAUGGUGGCUGUUGAAGCUGGCCAACCAGGCUGUAGUACUGAGAAACAUAUAAAUGAGCUAGCAGAAAAGAGAAGACUGCUUCUUACAAGUCUAAAAUCAAAUUUGAAAGAUCUGCAACAAGCACAGGCUCUUGCUGCUAGCCAACCAAGCAGUAUGAAUGAGAAAAAAGUAUAUGAGCUAACUCAAAAAAGGAUGUUGACUUCAAGUUUAGAAGCAAAUCUACAAGAUCUGCAACGAGCCCAAGCUCUUGCAGCAGGCCAAGUAGUAAAAUGCAGACCUGAUGGUGAUGAGAGGAAACUAUAUGAGCUAUCAGAAGCAAGAAAGGUUUUGCUUGCAAGUCUGGAAUCAAAUCUGAAAGAUCUGCAACAAGCACAGGCUCUUGCAUCUAGCCAACCAAGCACUAUGACUGCCCCAUCCAAGCCACGGGUGCCAGAGGCUGCCACCACCAGCUGUCCUGCUCCUGGAGGCAUGGAGACUGUGGUGUCAUCCUUCCCGGCUCCAAGCCCUCCUCCAACUCCAGUUCCUGGUCCGGACACCGAGGUCGUGGGCUCAGAGCAACGGGAACCAGCUCAGCAAGAGGCUCCAGAUGAUCCUUUUCCUCCCGAGGCCGCCGCCGCCUCCUCACCCGAUGAAGCAAGGGGACUUCAGCUCCGGAUCAUGAACCAGCAGGCGCUCCUGAGCCGAUACAAUUUUAACUCUUGGAACUCCAUGAUGAAGUUCAAGGAGCUGGUACCUCCGGAGUCUAAAGAAGAGUUUGGGCCCCUGGUGGAAGAGGGCAAAGCAAUACCAGACUCUGUAUAGGGGAACAUAUCUGGACUCAGGCUUUCCAUUGGGCAACCCAUAGGCAGCAAAAUGGCACAUUUAGAGAAAAAAAGACUCCUGCCAGAAAGACAACCAUUAAGUAGUAAGGGUGCACAGCUAGAACAUAAUCUUUCAGCACUUCUGCCUCAAGACCAAAACACUAAAAAUGAAAUGGAACAGAUAGCAUUAAGAAAACGUCUCCUGCUUGCAAAUCUGCCUUCAGCUUUUCCCUAUAUGUCCCCACUGCUAAAUCUACCACCACUCCAAUUAAGCUUAAAUAACCCCACUGGGAAGAAAGCCCAGCAGUUACCAGAUAUUGAAAUUCGUCAGAAGAAAAAGAUAGUAAAGAAAUCUUGCAUUUCACACAAUAAAGAUCUUAAUAAGGGAGCCUUACUGAGUCCUCGGGACACAUACAAGGUACACUUGCAAGUCGUGGUGCCUUCUAGGUUUGCAAGGGAUGUCUCAAACACUUUCACUACAUAUAAAUGUACAUAGUACUGUUAUGACUAUUAAACUUAUGUGGAUCAUAAUUAAGUUUGGCGGCUCUUUGUGAGAUUGUUCACAUGAAUGCCACUUUUAGAGCCCAUGUGCCUUAUGCAUGUCCAAUUGGAUUUUUUUUUUUAACCAGCAAUGUCUUUUGGGGCAGCCCCCCUCCCCCAUACCUUAGAUGUUCUCAUGCCUAUAUCUGAGGGCAUGAAGGGUAGCGUAAGCCCAAUCAUCUUCGUUACUUCUUAUGACCUAUGACGGCAAGAGAACCCUGUCAGUAUCUGCCGCCUUCUCUGUGCACUCUGAUAGCAUUAGUGUUAGCUUUGAG